CGCGCCCUCUCCUACGAUAGCAGCGCUAAUUUUUAGCGCAUUUGCGGUGCGCAUCGUCUUCAGUAACCGAAAUGGCGAUUUCCGCCAGUUAACACUUCCUUUUACUUCUGUAGACCCUUUUCCGGUCGACUAUCAAAAUGACUGGCUUCAGUGAAAAGCCAAUUCUGAUCGAUGGCCGUGGCCAUCUUCUUGGCCGAUUGGCCGCUAUCAUUGCCAAAACAAUUCUGCAAGGCAACAAAGUCAUCGUCGUUAGGAGUGAACAACUCAAUAUAUCCGGAAACUUCUUCAGGAACAAGUUGAAGUUUAUGUCCUUCCUGCGUAAGAGGUGUAACGUUAACCCAGCACGUGGACCCUUUCACUUCCGUGCCCCCAGCAAAAUCCUCUGGAAGACUGUGCGUGGUAUGGUACCACACAAGACACAGAGAGGCAAGGAUGCUCUCAGGAGACUGAAGGUCUAUGAGGGAUGCCCACCACCCUAUGACCGCAGAAAACGCGUUGUCGUACCUGGAGCCAUGAGAGUAAUGUGCCUCAAGCCCGGCAGAAAGUACUGCCAUGUCGGUCGUCUAUCCCAUGAAGUCGGAUGGAAGUACCAGGCAGUUGUACGUACCCUUGAGAACAAGAGACGCGUCAAGUCGAUUGUCGAAGUGCAGAAGAGGGAUAAACUCAAAAAACUUACGAAACUGGCUGGGGAAGCUGUCGUCAAAAACACAGCGCCGUACACGAAGAUCAUCAACAGCUUUGGAUACAACUAACUUGUGUAUUAUAUAAAGACGAAAUAAAGAUUCGCCCAAAACUAA